AUUCCUCUCUUGGUUUUGAAAAUUAAAUCGCCAGAGGUUUGCGCCGCAGACUGACCUAAAACCACUACACCGUAAAGAGGUCGUCAUUAUUUCGACCCCGAAAAUUACAUUCUAUUGCUCAACCAAAUACAAUGCCCCUAGACAUCGAUAUGACUCGACGAAACAAAGUACCCCGUCCUCUUAGUGAUGACGAGCGAGCACGUCUUGAGGAGUUCAUCGAUUCUAUCCACUACUCUGCCCGUUAUUCCGAUAGCGAGUACGAAUACCGACAUGUGCAACUCCCGAAGGCCAUGCUCAAGGCCAUUCCCAAAGACUACCAUGACCCUUCUAAGGGAACGUUGAAGCUACUAUGGGAAGAUGAGUGGCGCGGGAUUGGUAUCACUCAGAGUUUGGGUUGGGAGCACUACGAAGUUCAUGAGCCGGAGCCGCAUAUCCUACUCUUCAAGCGACCCCUCAAUUAUCAAGCACCUCAACAGUGAUCGAUGAGCAAGCAAGCCAACCCAAAAUACAAUGACCUACCAGCCUAUUCAGGCUUCACCAUCCUUGUAGAAUACUCUUGAUACGCCCCACCACUGCAUAGCGACGUCUGCAUUUAUUAAGGAAUAAUGCUUCGCGACGAUUUAUGGCCGUUCCUAAUCAGUAUAACUCCUUUUACUUAUCUGGUU